UCGUCUCGUUGCUAUUAUAAGAAAUUAGGAAGCCCCCAACGAGAGCGAUCUCGCUUGUUUCACAGAAGGAGAGAAGAGAAUCGCAGUCUCGGAAUUCGAGUUGCUCCCUUGCGGCGAUGGAGUCGAGCCAUGCGGGAUCGGAGAGAGAGAAAGCAAGCACAUCAUCACCCAUUGUCGUCGUAGGCAGCUUCUGGAAAGAUUUCGACUUCGACAAAGGAAGAAGUGUUCUUGUUGAGUAGGGGCUUAGGAUUGCUGAAAACCAGAAGAUUAGUCAAAAGAACAGGCGGAAGCUUGCGGAGAACACUCGCGAUUUCAAGAAGGCAUCAUCAGCUAAAAAACUCAACUUGUUUAACUGCUAAUUGAAGGGCUAUCAGGAAGAAGUUGAUAAUCUAACUAAAAGAGCCAAAUUUGGAGAAAAUGCUUUCCUUAACAUUUAUCAGAAACUUUAUGAGGCCCCAGAUCCUUAUCCCGUUCUUUCUUCUAUUGCAGAACCAGAGCAAAACUAUCAGAACUUGAGUCUGAAAAUGGAAAAAUGAAGCUUGAAUUAGAAGAAUAUAAAACUGAAGCAACACAUUUAAAGAGCCUAAAAGCUACGAUAAGAUGACUUGAAGAGCGGAAUCGGCAACUGGAGCAACAGCGGGAAAAUGUGGAAGUGCUGCCUGGACGCUCUCUGCAGGAGAACCUCAAAGAACCUGGAGUUUCUCCUCGACCUCACCGUCUGGCCGUCUUUCCCACCUCCGCAGACAGGGCAAAACCCGGUGCGCUGAAGCCGAAGAUGAUGUCGCCGAACACCUCCGCCGCGGCCACCGUGAUCGCGCCCUCAUCCCCGCGGAGACGGUGAUCAAAGAGCGCAAUAUGGCUCGACGGCUUCGCCAUGGUGGAGAGCUACUGCCACCUGCUUAAAGACCGCGCCUUCCUCUUAAACAAACAGAAGUAAUAUUUCUGAUUUCUAUGCUGUGGUCUCAUGGUGUAGAUGGGCUUACUGUGAUAUUUUGUGGAGCAGAGAGUGUCCGCAGGAGCUGCGUGAGGCGGUUGUUGGAUUGGCUUAUGCGGCCUUACGGUGUGGUGAUUUGCCGGAGUUGAGAGAGAUACGCCGCAUCUUCAGGUCAAGAUUCGGAAGGGAAUUCACAACUGCGGCUGUGGUGCUGCGCAAUAAUUGCGGUGUCAGUGGUGAGCUGGUACAUAAGUUUUCUACAAGACGGCCAAGCAUGGAAAUCAGGGUCCAUGUCAUGAGAGAAAUAGCAAUUGAGAGAGGCAUCGAGGUGGAUCUAGCCGAAACUCCUGAGGAGAUUGAGUCCUAUAACCCCAACCUUCAGAGCAGGACGCAGCAGGCCAGAGAAGCAUUGGGUCGACUAUGCUCUCCCUGUGGUCUACGUGAGCCGCUGGGAGGUGAAAAGCUUGAAAUAAUGGCUCAGAAAAAGUACGAGGAUGCAGGAAGUGCAGCGCUAGAUGCCUCAGAGCCGGCAGUCGCAGCCAGAACCGAUGUAGAACUCUACCGAUCAGAAUCAGAGAGAAUUGGAGAUCAUUCCAGCAAUCCACGCAAGCAGAAGCCAGAGAAUUCGAGAGGCAAAGAGAUUCAGAACGAAAAUGAUGAGAGUAAUGAUAAUGAUGAAGAGGUGAUGAGGCUCGCCUCCAAGGCACGGGUGCCGGUGAACAGAGCUCAGAACUUUGCAGGACUGAGAGAGAUGGAUUUGAAAGGCAAAAUGGGCCAGUUAGACUCUACAAAUGAAGAUGGAGAUAAAGAGGAUGAGCUUGAAGAGGUGAAUGAGAAGGCCAUUACAGCAGUGGUGGAAGCUUCAAAAGAAAAGUAAUAGGGUUGGAGGAAAGGGUUUUGAAGGUUGAGGCUGAACGAAAUUCUUUGUCGAGGGUCAGAUCUUUCUCUGUCAGGACUCGAAGGUAACAUGUAUAUAUAUUGGAUAGUGGCUGCAGGCAUGCAACAUUUUUAAUGUAGAUUUGUUCCUGCUCAUCCGUUGGGUUUUGAUGCAAUAAUAAUAUAUUAAUUGCAUGUUUUGUGCUUCUUGUUUCUUAGUUUGGAAUCAUUAUGUUGAUGUAUUAAUAAAUACGAUAGUUGUGAUGAAGUAUUUGUUUGCGCCGAACUGGCUUCUUAUGAUUGGACGUUAA